AUGAGGCUCGAGGCUUUUCUCCCGAGAGCUGAUGCCGAUCCCUUAAAAGUGUCUGGAAAAGGUUACUUCAUUUCCGUUGACUCGAGACCUAUGGCGACCACAAGGGGCACGAUGAAGAAACUUGUCGAUAUUUACAAGAGACACCUGCGCAGCUGUGUCGUUCUUGACAGUUCUUCCAAGCCCCUUUCCAAGCCCUUCAUACGCUUGAAUGUCGAAUGUAUUCUCGGAAGCUACGAUCCCAACGUGACCACGGCCAAAGACGAGGUCAUCUUUGCAAACGAGCCAAAAUUGCUGGCCCUAUUCCAAGACAUGUGCAAGGAGAUAUACCGAGCAACCGAGCCCGAUAUAACAGCUGAAAAGGUCACGGGAAGUCACCAAGUAACCCUCGACAGAGAGCAUUUACACGUUCGUAAAAGCGUACCUGUGGCGGUGGAAGAUCUGAGUUGUCCCGCUUCUGUGGAUCACAGCUCAAGAGAUAUCGAGUACGGCACUGUCAUAGACAGGUCCCCUCCCUCAAACCCAGGGCAAGCACGAAUUAGCCGAGAGGAAGAGGGAGAUACUCAGGAGCCAGUGCUCACCCAAACCCUCCUUCGGACCGAUUGGGAAGUGAACAUGGCUAGAGACGAGACUGCCAGUCCCGAGGGUCAAACGCAGCCGAUUCUUCUGGGGCCUCCCAGUACGAAUGUAAACGAGUUUAUCCAGUCACAAAUGGAUCAGCAGACACAAAGGGAGGAACCAAACCCAUGGACUUUGGCCAAGAAGGCGGCAGCCCACCAUUCGGCUCGCCGCGAAGAUACACCUAGCCUCCAAAUCACGGGCGAGCAUAGGGACAGCGAUCUAGGCGAUACAACUUCUCGCCAGCAAGCCCAUGUCCCCAAUAUAGCAAAUAUCAUGCAAGAAGCCGAUGAAGUAAUCAGCCGAGAGAUCGAAGAUCGAGAAUUUCCUCGUCAGCAGAAAUCCCAACCCCAUUGGGUACCUGCAGCAGCUAGGGAGGAUAUUUACGACCCAGACACCUUUGAACCACCGAUACUACAACACCCUACCGCCCCACCGACUAGUCAUCGGAUUCCAAGACACCGAGAACAGCGAAGAAUUCCAAGAGAUGAGGAGGCAUUCCAUUCAUCUUUCGCUGGACAUGAAAUUGAAGACCUGGAAAUAACACCGCAGAGGGGCCCAGUCCAUUGCGAAAGCCAUUCCGAGUACCUGCCCGCAUUGAACAAGGUAACAACCGUCACGGACGACAGGCACCCCCGAGGCCUCCCCAGGCCGCUCGGAGAUUUGAGCCUCGUAGGGCAGACGGACUGA